AUGUCCAUAUACAGUCCAUCUAUCUAUCUAUCUAUCUAUCUAUCUAUCUAUCACAACCUGUCCCUAUCUAUCUAUCUAUCUAUCACAACCUGUCCGUAUCUAUCUAUUUAUCUAUCUAUCUAUCUAUUUAGCACAGCCUAUAUCUAUCUAUCCUAUAUCUAUCUAUCUAAGCCUCUAUCUAACUAUCUAUCUAUCUAUCACAACCUGUCCCUAUCUAUCUAUCUAUCUAUCUAUUUAACUAUCUAUCUAUCUAUCUAUCUAUCUAUUUAUCUAUCUAUCUAUCUAUUUAGCACAGCCUAUAUCUAUCUAUCUAUCUAUUAUCUCCAGCGCUCCUCAAUAAUACCUGCACUCACAGCCCUGACAUCACGUUCCGGCACCUUCAGCGUUUGUUCACGGUCCCUGCACCACUGUGAGAGACCAUUCGUUCCGGGACUUUACGCGCUCAUCCAUGUCCUAAAUAUCUUCUGCAUACAACCAACCGUUUGUGGCAUUUACUACAUAUACUGGUCGCAAUACCAACAUUCUCCGGAGUUCUUCGGCAUCUUAUUCCAAAAACAAUCGUGCUGGUCGUAUACCAAUCCUCUCCCGAGCAUAUUGGCAUUUUCUACGAUCAACGAUUGUCAUUGGUGGACAUAUUUCUUUCCUGCGCAUACAGCUUACCUUUCCUCGAAAAGUCGACUCUUCCAGAUUUUUCCCGCUCGUUCUGCUGUCAAGUUUACCUUCUUCGAAUAUAUACUGUUCAAAACUUCUUCUGCAUAUUUCCAUUGA